UUUGAGGGGAUGCUAGGCAGAUAGUUUUGGCAGAUCUUAUUGCUUUAACAGGCGAGCAAAUUUUGCAUGUUGGCAUAUUAUCCAUUACGAUGCAUUUUAAAUCAGUUUUUGAUGGUCUUGGUAUUAUUGACUACAAUACUAUUUUACAGAUUUUUUUUGUUAGUAUGGAAACGUAUACAUGACUUUAUGCCACACGUCAAACUAAUUAAUCAGUUGAUAAUUGCGAAUAAUUGUUGUAGAAAGUCCGAUGCAACAGCAUAUUUCCAUGCAGGUGCCCGUACCAAAAUGGCUACUGCGUCAACGCAUCGUCGAAGCGACAGCUACGCAUUUACAUUUGUGCAUUUCAAGCAUUGUAUUUAUUUCAAUGUUAGCGGAUGUAUGGCAACAAGAAAUAAUAAUUAUUCAAGCGGACAAGUUGUGGAUAUUUCAAUUUUGUUGUCCUCAGCGUAUCGCUAUGUCGCAAAUUAAAAAGACACAACUACGCAUGCACAACGGUUGCUGUGGUUACCUGUACACAUGAGUUUUCUCUUGCAUUCAAAAUGCCACCCAAGAAGAAAAAGAAGAAAGUCAGGAUGAGUAAAGCAGAGAGGUUAAAGAAGCAGCAAGAGGAAGAAGAGGCAGCCAGGCUGCAAGCUGAAAUAGAAGAACAGGAGAGGCUGGAAAGAGAGAGAAAGCUGGAGGAGAUACAAAAGCUAGAGGAAAAGGCAGAGCAGAACAGAGAUUUUGAGCUUACCGAACUGCGCCAUCUGCUGGAGGAAAACUACUCCGCAAUAAUCAGAUGGAAGGUUGAUGCUGCAGAAAAGGCAGAGGUAGUGUUCACCUGGGAGAGAUACAUGCUUUGCGAUGGAGUCCCAGAUGCAAAGGACCAGCGGGCGGUCAAUACAUUCGUCACCUUGUGGAAGGAUUACUCAGACACCGACAUCGAAGAGGAGCUUCAACUAUGCAACUCAGCAGUAAAGCUUAUUGAAGCGUUGGAUGAGCUUAUGAAAGAGGCCAAAGAUCCAGAGUUGGUCCCAAAGUACCACGAUGCUCUCAUAGAAGUCCAGGAGAUUCUCCACGCCAAGCACCUUUUCAUAGCUGAGAAGCUCCUAAAGGGAGCAAGCGACAACAUUGACCCCGACACAAGGAACAUGCAGACUGUGUCCAAACACAAAAAUGUGACGCUGUGCCUCUGGGCCAACCUCUUCAAAAAUCCAAGCUUUACAGGUUUUGACUUUCAGGAAGCUGGCCUGAGCUUUAAGCUUCCCGAGGAGCUGGCUGUGAGCGACAUCGCCGUGCGGAUCCUCCACACCCACUAUGACCACCUGUCGAUACUGUCCAGGCUCAGGCAUCUGCCUCAGAAGCCGAUAGUGGAGGAGAUUCCUCCGCCCGCCCAGCAGCCAGAGGAAACCCAGGAUGGUGAUUGCACCAGUGAACUGCCCUUUACCCCUCGCAGUCCAGCCAGUGAGCCGCCCGUAAAAAGCACCAGCCGGCCGUCUUCAGAGGAAAGCGUGAUACCUGCACAGACAGAAGAACUCAGUGGUCACAUUUGCAGCCUGGUUUUAUCUGAUGGUCCAACCAAGGAUCCAUCCUGGCCCAGCUUGGCACAGCUGAACUCUCUGAGUCCACCUGUGCCUGAAUUCGAAGAGAAAGAAGAUGACACAGAGGUUGUAAAUCUGGUUCAGUACACAACCCUGGGUGGAGUUUUCUACUACGAUCUUCUCCAACUCCCACCUCAGCCUAUCAGGAGAAAGGGGUACACGAUACUGCAGAUGGUGGAUGGGCUGAAGGUAUUCCCUUACCCAAUAGAAAGGUCCAACAAAAAGGAGUGCUCCGAUGACCCAACAGAAAAACCCAACAAGGGGGCGUGCUCCCCUGUUGGGGUGUCCAUUGUGCUUCCCGAGUGGGUUAUCUUCAUGGAGAUGCCACUCGUGGCUCGCUGGGACGCUGCAGAGGGCCGCUGGCGAAAGGACGGCAUCAUCAACGUCUCCUACGAGGAGGCAGAAGGCAAAAUCUCCUUUGAGAUGGAGUCAUUCCAGAUCUUCGCACUGAUGCGCAACACCUUCGCCAACUUUCCUUUCCGGGGCUGGGAGCUGCGGCCGCUGGGCCAAAACUCAGCUAUUUAUACUGUCAAGGGGGCUCUCAUUCAGAUCUCCAUCACCAUCGAGAAUAGUCAGUGCAUGCUGCAGGUGGCGCAGGGCAGAGGCCUCUCUCACCUCGUGGGGAAGUGGAUGAGCGGACCGGCUCUGCAGAAAGCCAUGGCCAAGGCAGGGAUCGACAUCUUUGUUAACGAGAACACGCACAAAUACGUCAGCAUCUGCAAGAAGAACCCACGUAUAGAACAGUUUGCUUAUGACCAGAUGGCCCUCUAUGCAUCAGCUUGUGCUUUUUCAUGGAGCAAGUGGAAUGCCACAUGUGGAGAGGACAAUCUGGUCCUUCAGGGCUGUGAGCACCUCAAAGCCGGCCCUGUACCUGAAGACUCUUGGAAUAUUUACUUUAUGGGUUCACAGAGGAGUAGGCAACUGGAGAUCACUGAGAACAGUGAAGCUUUUUCCACCGACCACGCUGCUGGCAGCGAGUUCCACUCCACACUCAUCCACGCUCUGCAGGACAGCAUGAGCCCUGAUGGGAUAGCUUUGGUCAGAAAGUCCCAUUACUGCUUUGUUGACACUGUGCAAAGCCUGCUUUCUGCUACCAGACCUCUGGUUUUUUCAUAAAUUGCAACGGACCAGGGGUCACAAUGGCUCAACUAAUAUCUUCAAAUACAGCUACGAUAAUGACAAA